AAUUUAUUCCCCUUUCGAUAUACUACUUUCGGUUUAAAAAUUUGGGUAAACAGGCGUUACAUUUUGGAAGACAUAAUUAUAUUGCCUCAACGUAAAAAGAAGAUUUCACCGUAUGACUUAUUACAGACCAAAUCUACAUCAGUGAAAAAAUUUAUUGUCACGUGUGAGCAGGAAGCGAGUGGAGCUACUUGGGUCGUAGACGACACGGAAUACAGGUAGUUGUUAUCGACUACAAAAUGGACGAAUACUACACUGACAACGACAAAGCUGCGCCGGUUUUACCAACCUCUAAACCUGGAGAGUACUGUCACGGGAGUCCUAUUGAAGGUCGGAAGACCUAUGGUGAAGCGGAAGGUGCUCUUGAAGUUGAGAAUACUAAUACGAGUACCAAUAAUGAGGGUGAUGAAACUGCAUCAAAGCUGAAACAAAUGUCUUGUGAUGACCCACAAGAUGAAGGCAAUAUCAGCAGACAGGAAUGUAUUGAUACAGGGCAAGGAAAACAUGAAACCAAACACGAGAAAAAUCUACUUAGUAACAUUUCUGUUUUUACAAAAGAUCAGGAAUACAAAGAAGCGUCAGCAAGGGAAGAGGACAACAUAAAGAAAGUGGAUAAAACAGAACAGGGUCCAACUUCCGUAGGAUGUAAAUUUAAUGAAACUUUAAAAGAAGCAGAAGAACAAUAUGCAUACUUUUGGGAAGCUCGAGACCCUUUCAGUCAGUGGCACAGAUCGAAAUUCCAACUGAAUGAACAAACAUUUUCUUGUGCAGAACAGUAUAUGAUGUACACAAAAGCAGUGUUUUUUCAUGAUGACAGACUAGCCAAGAAAAUUAUGAACUGCACGGAUCCAAGUCGUAUUAAGUCUUUAGGUCGUAAAACUGAACAAUUCAGUGAGGAUUUGUGGGUAAACAACUGUCUACAUGUGGUUAAAGAAGGCAACAAAGCCAAGUUCAAUCAAAAUGUUGAGCUAAAAGCAAGAUUGAUUGGAACGUAUCCUCGUAUACUAGUGGAGGCAAGUCCUUAUGAUAAAGUUUGGGGUAUUGGAUUGAAGAAAUAUGAACCAUGUGCAUGGAAUGAGGCAACGUGGGAAGGCAAAAACUUGCUCGGUUACAUCCUUACAGAAGUUCGAGAUGAACUGAUGUAUGAGAGCGAAAUGAUACUUAAACAUCAAAGGAAGGUUUACUUGGAAAAGUUAACACACGAUCUAGUUAAAAGUUCUUCAGGGAAAAAAGGAGCAUAUGACAGAUCUCCAAGAGAUAUUUAUUGUCGAUCUUCUAAUCCCCAUCAUACAACGGAAGGUGCAAGGCAUUCAGAUCAUCAUGCUCACAAUCUGAAAGGAAACCGGAGAGAUGGUAAUGAGUUUAUAGGGAGAGAUGCAACAACGGGGUCCGAUCGGAAUGCAAGAAUUCACGAAAACAUUUCAAGGACAUCGGCGUCAAACUCUUCUUGCCGAGAAACUGAUAAUAAUGAUCCAAGACUUGAAUCAAAUUAUGAAACGGAUUCUUCAGUUAAAACAUAUCAUGAAAAAAAUGCCAUAGGUACCCGGAGCGAUGAUGUUUGUUCUGAAAAGAGGAAUAAAAAUGAGAACCCAAGAUGUACAGGUGAACAACACCCUAGAGCUGUCUGUAUGGAACCUAUUGGACCGGAUUGUCGGUUGUACAAACCAGAGUGCAAAUGAUAAAAUAAGAUUUUUAAAAAGCCCGUUCAUGUUAUGACUAAUAUAUUAAAAAGCUUCACCUUGGAUUUUUAAUACCAUACGCUUUGGUGUAACAUGAUGAUGUAUGCAUGCAUUAAGAAUGUGUAUUUUAUUGCUGUUUACUCUUAUUUAACGCAUUUAACUUUUUAGUGGACUACACAGUGCUUUUAAGUCUAAAUUUUUAUUUGUUAUCAAUACUCCUAUAGUUAAAGGCAGAUUUUAUUUGAAGUGUGAAUGCGUACGUGUGUGCUUGCAUUUGUUUUCUAAACACUUAUGUUUUGAGUGACAAUUGAAUAUUUAUAAUAAACACAUUUAAAUGUUA